AUGAUUGGUCCCGUUUUGGACAAAAUGAGCGACGAGUUGGCGGCGGAAGUGGUGUUCCUGAAGGUCGAUGUGGACGAGAACGAAGACAUCGCCACCGAUCACAAGGUGUCAGUUAUGCCCACUUUCUUGCUCUUCAAGAAUAAGCAAAAAAUCGAUGAGUUUUCCGGCGCUAAUGAGACCAAACUUCGCGAACUCAUCCUUAAACACAAGUAA